UUUUCCAAUAUGUUUACAGAGUCGUCCAGCAAGAUUAUUAUGUGAUCAACCAUUUAAAAUCAGGAACUCUCUUCUUUCCCUUAAUUUCACUGGGAUAGACUUUUGCAAAAGGAUGGCUGAUCACAGGUACGAAAUGAGUCUUGCCGUGAUUGUGUUUGCGGUGAUCUGGACUGGAGCAAUCGCUCAAGAAAGCAAUGACUGCACAAACGUGUUGAUCACCAUGUUUCCUUGCCUGAACUACAUCACGGACAGCUCCGUGCUGCAAAUCUCAGGUUGCUGCACACAACUUAGCACAGUGGUUAAUGAAAAGCCAGAGUGCUUGUGCCAAGUCCUCAAUGGGGAUAAUUCCGACCUGGGACUCAACAUUAACCCGUCUGAGGCUUCGGCUCUCACUACUGCUUGCAAAGUUCAGACUCCAUCUGCUAGCCGCUGCAACAGACGUAGCCCGGCAUCAAAAGGAGGUUCCAAUGACGCAACUUCAACCAAUAUGGCAGCUCCUCUUUCCUUAUUCUUUCUCUUUAUUGCUUCUUAUGCUUCAAUAAUCAACAUGCCCUAACUUUGUCUACCUACACUUUUCAGAGCAAUGUAAUUUGUAUCUACGUAUUAUAUUUUGAUUAGCUAGUUGCACUGUCAUUAAAGUGGAUCAUUACUUUUCAAACAUCUGCUCAUUUCAGCAAUCAGUUUUCCACCAGGACUAAUUUGCCACUUUAUUGCAUGUUCUGUUGUCAAAUCAUUAUCGUCAAUACAUAUUCUCGUCCCAAUUUAUGUAAUAUUUUUUCCUUUUUAAUAAAUAUGCUCCUAUUUGUCGUC